AUUUGCAUUUCAAAAAGAUAAAAUUCAUUAUUAUGUUAAUAUUACAGGCUCAGCAAUCGAAACCUUGUAUAAUCUUUUUCGACGAAGUUGAUGGUCUAGCACCAGUAAGAUCCAGUCGCCAAGACUUUGUACAUGCCAGCAUUGUCUCCACUCUCUUGGCCUUGAUGGACGGCUUAGAGAACAAUUCAGAGAUCAUAGUAAUUGGAGCAACGAAUAGAAUCGACGCUAUAGAUCCAGCUUUAAGAAGACCUGGCCGUUUCGAUAGAGAAUUGUAUUUUCCGUUGCCGUGUUAUGCCGCGAGAAAAGAAAUACUCUCGGUUCACAUAAAAAGUUGGAAACAGAAACCACCACAGAAAUUUUUGGCGUAUCUUGCAUCGAAAACUGUUGGAUUUUGCGGAAGUGAUUUACAAGCUCUUUGCGCCGAGGCGGUAAUGUGCUGUGUUCGAAGAAAUUAUCCGGAAAUAUAUACAUCCAAAGCGAAAUAUCAAAUUAAUGAACGGCAUCUUAAAGUUGAGAAACAAGAUUUUCUGAAAGCACAACAAAAUAUUUUACCAGCAUCUCAUCGUGUUUCAAUUGCCCCAAUUAAAUCUUUAUCGGAUAAAAUUCAACCAUUACUCCAAGACAAUUUGUCGUACAUUUUGUCACAGCUUGAAAUUCUUUGUCCAACAGGAAUGUUGACUUGCAACGUCAUCACUGGUAAAGCUGCAUCGAGGUCAAACAGCUGUCCUAGGAUUUUAUUGUGCGGUGACGAUGACUCUCACACUCGUCAUCUGGGACCAGCAUUACUUCACUCUUUAGAGCAUUUACCUUGUCAUUUGUUAGAUAUUACGACUUUGUUUGAAGAAACAGGAAAAGCUGCAGAAGAAGCUUUGAUUCAAAAAAUAAAGAUGGCUCGACGCAAUUUACCAUCGUUGAUUUAUGUUCCUGAUAUUUUAACCUGGUGGGACUUAGUAGAUGAAGCGGCACGUAUUGUUUUUACAUCUUUGAUGCAGAAUUUAGAUCGAUCGGUCAAUAUGUUAAUCAUGGUUACGGCUAAUUGUUCACGAAAAGAUUUACCAGCAGAUAUUGUAUCCUUAUUCGAUGAAUAUCAAGGUGAAAUAUUUGAAGUUAUAUCUCCUCGUGAACAACAUCGUGAACUAUUUUUCAAGCAAUUGUUUGUUCAUUCGACGUGUGAUUUCGAAUCUAAUAGCUCUUCACAAGUGGAUUUUGAACAAAUUAUGAAUUCAAAAAAAACGAAAGAAGUAGGAAGAAAGCGGAAAUUAACUGGUCGGACCGAUGUUAUGGAAAAUCCUCUAGCACGUGAGUAAAAUGAAAUUUUCAAUAUCAUCAUUUAAAAAAAAUGAUCUUAUAAAAUAUUAAUAACAUUGCCAUAAUGAUAGAAGAGAUGGUAUCUUUCCGAAGAAGUAAACUCAGAGCUCGAAACAAACCUUGCAGUGUACGAUCAGCUCACGUGAUGAUCAAUUCCAAGACAAGUAUAAAAUUAUUAUUAUUUAAUAUCUAUAUUUUAACAUUGUUUCGUAUUAUAUAGAUUGAUCGAAAAGUUCUAUCAUUUUUGCUUUUUAAAUAUAAUAUAAUUUCUUGCAUCUUUCUUUCCUGCCACGAAACUUUUCUUAAUAUUAUCUAAUAUAAUAAUGAUAUGAAUUUCACGAUCUAAUAUUUUCAAUUUUCUUAAUUAAGAAACAAGAUUAUUCUUAACUAAAGAAACAAAAAUCUGAUUCUUUACUCAGAAAUUAAUCUUAAGAGAAAGAAUAGUGCAUCAGGUGAAGGCCCAUCAUCGAAACGUAUAAGAAAUUCUCCACUCAAUUUAUCAACAUCGAGUAAUGAGAAAUUGACUGAUUUUCAAAUGGACCAAUUGCUUCGAAAAAUUGUUCAGGUGACAGAAUCAUGGCCAUGCCAUGAGUUAGAAAGUUUAUUCUCUUUUCUCGAAUUAACAAUUAAUAUGGAGAAGAAUGAGGAAAAUUUAUGUUUAACAAUUGAGGAAUGCCUUAGUCAAUUUAGUAAAUUAAGAAACAUAAAAAUGCACG